AUGGACCGCAGCACCAACGGUAAAACCCCUUCCCACUGCAUACCCCUAAACUCGAACCACAUCACCUGUAACAGCUCCGCUGGAAAGCUGCAGCUCUCCUCUCAGACAGUACAGGAAGGAGUAGCCAAUGAUCCAAGCCAUGUACUGCGCCCCAAAAACAAGAGGAAAGGGGAAAACCUCCAGGGAACUUAA